UGAACGUCGAUGAACUGAACGAAGCUGGAAAAGAAAUUAUACGAGCUGUACAACGAAAGUCAUUUAUCAAGGAAACGUUGUUACUUCACCCGAGAAACGUCGAAGAAUCGUCUCCGAACGUUGAAAGAGGGAAUAAAGAGAGCCAUGGGGUCCCGAAAUCCAGUUCCUUAUUUCGACUUGAUCCAAUUCUUGCGAAAGAUGGAAUUAUACGAGUCGGUGGACGGAUUAGGCGUGCGAAUAUGCCCGAAAAAUGGACACAUGACUGAAUUGAUCAUAUGUCAUUUUCAUCAGAAAGUCGCUCAUCAGGGACGUGGAAUGACCCACAACAGCAUUAGGUCUUCCGGAUUUUGGAUUAUUGGUGGUGUUUCGGCAGUUUCCAACCAUAUUUCCAAAUGUGUGAAGUGUAGGAAAGUAAGGGGCGAGUUGCAGAAACAAAGAAUGGCCGACUUACCUGAGGAUCGUUUGGAGCCUUCUCCACCUUUUACCUACAGUGCAGUUGAUUACUUCGGACCCUGGUUGGUCAAAGAGGGACGAAGGAACGUUAAAAGAUAUGGGGUUUUGUUUACCUGUUUGGUUUCGCGUGCUAUUCACCUGGAAACAGCGAUUAGUUUGGAUACGAGUUCUUUCAUGAACGCAUACCGUCGUUUUGUUGGCCGGCGAGGACCGAUACGUCAAUUGAGGUCUGAUCGCGGAACGAACUUUGUUGGAUGCAGGACAGAGCUUCAAGCUGCACUAAGUGAAAUGAACCAAGAGACUGUGAGUCAGAAACUAUUGAAGGAGAACUGUGACUUCAUCAAGUUUCAAAUGAAUGUCCCUCAUGCAAGUCAUAUGGGGGGCAGUUGGGAACGUCAGAUCCGAAGUGUGCGGAAUGUUUUGUCUGCCCUGCUGGAUGCACAUGGAGAACAACUGGACGAUGAAUCUUUGAGAACGUUUAUGGUAGAAGCUGAGGCGAUCAUUAACAGCCGUCCAUUAUCUUUGAACUUCGCAAGUGAUCUUGAACCCCUUACACCGAACCACUUGUUGACAAUGAAGAGUAAUAUUAUCCUUCCCCCUCCCGGUGAAUUUCAGCGUGCGGAUGUCUAUUCAAAGAAACGAUGGCGUCGUGUACAGUAUUUGAUCAACGAGUUCUGGAGUGGUUGGAAGAAAGAGUUUCUUCAGUCCCUACAAACUCGUCAGAAAUGGGUACGACCCCAGAAAAACCUUAAGAAAGGGGAUAUUGUUGUCGUUAACGAUGAAGAUUUGCCUCGUAACCAAUGGAAACUCGCACGAGUCGCGGAAACAUUUCCUUCAGACGAUGCCCUGGUUAGAAAGGUUAAGUUGGCGAUGGCUGACUCCACGUUGGAUAGCAGAGGAAGAAGAAAGCGACCAAUCUCCUACCUCAAUCGACCGGUGCACAAGUUGGUUCUACUGCUGUCGAAUGAAGAGUUUGAAGACCAGGGAUUCCCCGACUAAGGAGCCAAAGAUGACAACGAUAAGUAGAAUUUGUUUCAAAGUACAUUUAGGUGUUAUAAAUUUUAUUAUAUAUAAAACGAACAAAAAAUAGUACUUUAUGCAUGCAUUAGUAUAAUUUAGUUUAAUUUAGGUAAAUUGUGGAACAAUUUAGGGGAGCCAUGUAAAGGAUGUUGUUUAAAAUCUUUUGCGUGGGUUGGAAUUAAUUAGUCAACUAAUUUGCAUGCCACCACGGCUUUAUAUAUAGCAGAACUUUUAAUUUUAGUUUGCUUUUAAUCUUGUGUCAAGCGUGGACAUAUACCGUAUGUAUAUAGUAUUAGAUAUUGGCUAAUCGUUGAAAGGAUUUGCGGGGACAGAGUUUUUACGUACUGUCGAAGGGCAACGAAAUAUAAGAUGAAAGAUUGGUUAAAAUCAAAGCGUACGUUGUCUGCCAACGGUUCAGUAAACCACAGCCGCAUCUCAAGUUCGAUCCUUUAUAAUGACCUUUGUGGAGAUCUUGAUCGCAUUCACUUGUCGCUCUUAGCCCCAUGGCAAAAGCUAGACGCUAUAAGAACGUUCAUCCAACCAUGUUUGACAUUUGCUCUGCGAUCUGGUGAACCUCUUAAGUCUUCACUGAUUAGUUACCGUAAAAAGCUGAUCCAAAUAGUCCGUUCGAUCCUUAAUCUUCCAACUCGAGCCUCAUCCCAUAUAAUAUUUGCCUCCCGCAAAGUUGGUGGCCUUGCCUUCCAAGAUCCUCUGGUUGAGGUAGAUAUCCAAACGGUGGUCCAAGCUAUAAAAAUGUUAUCUUCUACUGACCCGUUUGUUUCGGCAAUAGCAAGAUCAGAGCUUUGGUCGGCCGUUCGAUUUGCGUCACGGGAUAACCCAUCUCCAGCCCUUACUCGCGAUUUCCUGUCCGGUUCCACGGCUGGUAAAUUACACCCUAAGCGCAUCAGAUAUCGCACCCAUUCCCUGUGGACCCGCACAAGAUCUGCUUGCCGUCGCCUUAACAUCACUUUUUCCGUCCCAGAUAAUGAUCAACCAGUUAUCUCAACUGAAGCCAGUGGCCCUCGUCGGGCUAAGUUAGCAUGUUCUUUCCUUCAUCACCUGGUUCAGGAGCGUGCAUCCCAAAGGUUACUAGAUCUGCCUGAUCAAGGGAAAGUAGCCUGUGCUUUGGUAAAAGAUGGUUUUGCAAACGGAUCAUCUUGGUUGUUCUCCGGUCUCAAUAUGCGGUUCAAAGACUGGCGCUUUGUCCAUCGUGCCCGUAUGAAUGUUGUCCCCACCAACAAGAAUAAAUCCAAGUGGAGUGAUGACUGUGAUCCGGAGUGCCGAGUGUGUCAGUCUGUUGAUGAAACCCUUCUGCAUAUUCUGUGUCAUUGCAAGGACAACAUGGUCCUAAUUCGUUCUCGCCACAAUAAGAUCGUUGGGAGAAUACGAAGAGCGAUACGCUUUGGUCAAGUUAGAGAAGACCAACAAAUUCCUGGGUUGAAUGAGUCUUGUCGUCCAGACAUAGUGAUCUCUGAUGGUAAUAAUGUAACCGUAAUCGAUGUUACUUGCCCCUUUGAAAAUGGUGAAUCGGUCCUUGCUUCUGCUGACUACGCGAAAGUGAUGAAAUAUCAAAAUGUCAAAUCACAUUUUCAGUCACUUGGUAUGAAAUGCAGUGUAUACGGUUUCGUGAUCGGUUCUCUUGGCACUUGGCAUCCCAAUAACGAAGCGGUCUUAAGAAGUUUGAGAAUGUCAAGAAAAUACAAGUCUUUGUUUCGCAAGUUAUGCUGCAGUGAUGUUAUACAGGGUUCCUGCAGAGAUAUACUACAAACACAUGAACAAUGUUGCGCAAGAGUAACACGAACUGGUAGUUAAAGCUAAUCAAUGUUUAUUUAUAGAUAUGUAUAUUUCCUAAAUAAUACUGGGUCAUGCAAAAGAAUAGUGCCAGUAUAAUCAUUGUACUAAAUAAUCAUUUAUAACUAUCGUUCCCAAAGAACUGUACCGCAGAUGAAUAAUUCUCGUAAUUUUUCAUAAACAUUCUCUAUGAACUGCUAUUUUAGUAGUAACUUUCACCAGUAUCAAUUAUUAACUAAGUCCCAUAAAAGCUUUGUAAAUACUCAUUAUAUGAAAUAAAUUUAUUACGAUCUGUUCUUAUCAGCUUAAUAUCUGAUAUGUUAGGCAAUGCCUAACUCAUAUAUUAAACUGAUUUUUGGACUUCGGCCAUGGGAUUGAAGCUUGCUUCGCCCUGGCCACGGGUUGUCUCGGUAUUGCACUACAUCCGAGUACGGCCCCUUCCCCACUCGGGGAAGAACAUUUUUUUUAUUUCAAAUCAAACUAUAAAGCAAUCUCUAGUUUAUUAGACGAUCACACACACUUAAGUACUUUUCACAUGCCGAUAGAUUUAUAUUAACACCAUACUCGAAUACCACGUGAAAUAAUAUAUCACGGCUUUCUCAUGCAUAUAUAACAUACAUAUCAUAUGACUUGUAACACUUUAUUAUUUAUCCUAUGCCGAUAUUUCACACCGGCCUUGUGAGCGUGUUUUCGUUCAGCUAUGAACCGAAUCAACUACAUCUAAUUUUAACUAACAUCCUUUUUCAUUCUCUAGAUCGCGGCACAUGACGUUCAAGACAAGAGGGAAACCCCCGAAGUACCACAAUCGCGUGUCAUCAUCAUCGCGUAUAUAAGGUGAGCGGCGCAAACAACAGCAUACUUACCUGACGCGAGAGGCACCUUGAUCAACUGGGAGGUCCUCUCAGGAUGAGGUCCUUUCAUUGCACUUCGACUGGGUUGACUCCUGCGAUUACCCCUAAUGUGGGUAACUCGAGCGUAUAAUUUCUGGUAGUGGGGACCUGCGUUUGCGCUCGUCCCCUUCAACAUAUAAUAUUCAUGUAUAAAUGUAUAAAGCCCGUGUUCUUUUCUUAACACUGCCGUGUGUGUCGAUUGUUUUUGUAUAGAAUCCGAUGUCAAACAUAUCGUUUAUCACAGAAGACACUCUUUAUAUAUUCUCCGUGCCGAAAUCUCUCCAUCUCCAGUUCAUAUUACAUGGUAAGUAAAGAGCUAUACACGUGUUUAUAUUUUGUAAGCACUUCGGGUGUUUGCACACACUAUUCAAUUAAUUCGCUGCUGUAUAAAGUCACUUGCUUGCCAACGGAAUUUCAAGCCAUCGCACGUACAUUCCAAGUGCCCAUUAACUGGCUCGCGUGUCACUCUCAAACGCACGUGUUUUGCCGGUCAAACUUAUAGAAUAGCGAGUAAAUAUUCCAAAAUUGCAUUAUUUCACGGCGCGUGACCCGAAACCUUUCCGGGUCACAACGCAGUUUGCGAGUGAAAGAAGCUCGACGCAUUCGUGAAUCUUUGAAGAGCGCGAAAGCCGAUACGGUCGCAACUCUCGUCUCACGCUCGAUGCCACACGGCCGCCGUGCCCCUCUACGCUACCGCACGCGCGUGCGCGAGAGAACCGCGACAGUCGCGGUGGGCGAUCACCACGGACUUGCCGUGCUCGUGCGACGAGUAAUCAGGCGCCUGUCGACGUCAUAAUCGCUCGCAAGCGAGCUCCUUCUCACCGCGUUUUCGUAGCACAAGUGUUCGGUAGAAAUAUGUGUGGCAAACGGCGAAGAAGGCAUCGCUUCUCGGCCUUUUGGCUAAGAUCAAGUGUUAAAUUUUAAGUAUAAAUUUUGAUCGUAGCAAGCCAGCUAAUAUAUCUAAUCAAAGAUAAAGUCUUGCUGAAUAUUAUUAUUAUCGUAGCUGUUUGUUGUUAAUUUAUCGCUGUCUGGAAUUAUUUGGAGUUAUUGUAUCGUUUAUACGUGUUUUUGUGGUGCCGCCCGCUGUAAAUCGGGGAAUUUGGUUUUCAGCUAAUAUAUUUGGAACUGUUCGUCGGAUUUGUCCCAAAGUUGCUGUGUGAACUGUGAUUUGUACCUAUGUUGUUCUGUUAAAGUUUGGUGAUCCCAAGUGGCCCUGUUCGUGUGUAUUGUUGAAUUUCCGUAUUUUGACCGUUGGUGUAUUUUAAAUUAAUUACGUCUGCCUCGCAUAUCAUUACGGAUUGUGCCAAACCUGUUUGUUUUACGUGGUUCGUCUAAACUUUCGAUUGAACUGUAUUUACCUUGCUAAACGAAUCAUUUUGGUGUUUAUUUGAUCCAGCCAGGUGGAGUAUUUCAUGAGUUACUUGUACUUUGUGCUCCAAGUGCUUUGUUUAUAUAAUAAAUAUUCCGUGUUAACAUCCCGUUGGUUUUAUAUUCUGCCUAUAACUUUGGUUCUAUCAAAGAUACGCUUCCAGAACUUGGCACAGCUAUCAAUACUCUGGUUCUUAACAUCCCCGGAGAGUUUGGUCGUUAUAACGCAAAUACAAUUUAAAUUAUCCGGUUUUGUGCGUUUUUCCAACGGUCAAACUGCCGUCUAAUUAUAUUCAAGAAUCCAAGUUUGUCAUCUCAUUAGGGGAUUUCCCGUAUCCUGAUAUGGUCUAGCGCAUUGGCCAUGUGUUAACUAUUGCAAGCACGUUCGUAACCUGUCGUGAUUGUUAUCCCGUUAAAUUUUGUUCGGAUUUUUUAUCUAUGUACUGUGUAUGUUGAAUGUUCCAGGAUGUCUACAGUUCAGUCUCAACAAGAAGUUAAUAAAUGUCCUGAUUGUAAUUUUGUUUCCCGUUCGCAAGGCGGUCUUGCAGUUCACCGCUCGAAAUGUAAACAUGUUGUGAUACCCCGUAACGUUGACUGCGUAUAUGUCGAACGUAGUUUUCCAGAAGGAAAGCCGAUUUUUUGUUGUUUAUGUGAUGUAUCCAUUGGCUCGAUUGCGAAUUUCAGAAGACACUUCAAGUCAAAACACAAGAAAGUUAAACUAAUCGAAUCAGCGAGAUGUAGUCUAUGUAACGACUUUUUGAAAGAUGGUCGAGGCGCGGGUGUCCACUUAAAACGGUUCCAUCAGAUCGGAUCCAAGGACGACUAUCCAAUUUCUCCAACCCCAAUAUUAUCAUCCACUGACAAACCAACCACAAGUCAUCAACGUAGGAAAAAUAGUGCAAGAGCUCAAUCAUUGCCUAAGUUGUCCGUGUAUGAGUCAACUUCCGCGCCCGGUUCAGUCAAUAACCACACCACCGUCGAAGACAGCAUUUCCUGUAAUUCCUCAACAUCUGGAACCCCAAAUAUUACCUCCCAAACACUCAACCCCUUCGCUAAUUCCUUCUUCCCUCCGACAAACUCCCCCGACUAUACAAGCCAAGUCACCAGUCAAUCCCCAUCCCCAGUCCAUCUACAGCCCUUAACCUCUACCAACUUACAAACCCCGUCACAAGAUCAGUCACCACACCCUCCCACCAACCAUUCGCAUUCCCUGCCGGUAGACAAUUUACAAUCCCCACCCUCAAACCUCCUACAACCUCCUUCCUCAUGUCUUCCUUCCACGAACCACCAGCAUUCCACCUAUUACCAACCCUCACCCAAACCUGAGUUGAUUGAUCUUCAAGAGGAUGACGUACGUAACACCCACUCUCCUCCCAGACCCUCAUCCCCUGUUCAGUUUACCCUUUCCCCUGAUCCCUCAACAAGCCCCUACAUCCACAACCCAUCCCCAACCCCCCAUUCUAGCGCCCCCCAACCCGUACAUAGCAAUCGUAUAUGGCUUGAAGCGGAGGUCGUCUUAAGUGAUUGUACUAAUGUGGAUAGUUAUGUUGCUACCCAACACACCGACCGUCAUUCUGAGGUCGCCUUUAAUGAGGGUUCUAACGUGAAUAGUGAUCCCCCCAGUCAACAUACCAAUUUUGAACCGUCGGUCUCCUUAAGUGGUCGUACUGAUGAGAACAAUAUUACUAAUUCCGAGGAGUCAGCUAAUUCAAGUCCUGAACAUGUGUCAAGUAACACCCCCGAGUUCGUGCGCAAAUGGUCCAAUAGAAUUUCAACUACGGAAUCGUUUGAUGAUUUUUGCCAUAAAUGCGAUGACUAUGCUCAUGCGGUUGUAAAUGAAGUUAAAUCUUCAGGUGCCAACAACUCCAACCGAUGCGGCAUGCCUGUACGAAACCCAAGGAACCGCCCGAAUGGUAGAUUACCAAAACCAAACAGACGACCAUUGAUAAGUAAUCCAGUCGAAGCCCGUAGAAUCCAGACCCUUUUUCGUUUAUCGAAAAAGAGAGCCGCGAGGAAAAUCCUCCAUGACAACAACAUCACCUACACCGGCACAAAGGACCAGGCACAACAACAUUUCACAGACACAUUUUCCACCUCCACAGUGGAUCUGAAUGACCUCCUCUCCUCCCUUUCCGACAAUGUCCCAUCUGCAGAUAUUGAUCAAUCCCUUAUGGAUCAUAUGUCGCCUAAAGAAAUUAAGGGCAAACUUAAGUUAAUGUCUAAUUCAGCCCCUGGUAAAGACAAAGUCGAAUACAGACAUCUCAAGCUAGUUGAUCCCGACUGUAAAGUUCUCGGCCUAAUUUAUAACAAGUGCCUUGAGGAGAAGAAAAUUCCAUUAUCGUGGAAACAAUCGUCCACCAUCCUAAUUUACAAGAAAGGACCUAGCGACGACCCAAGUAAUUUCAGACCCAUUGCUCUGAUGUCGUGUAUCUAUAAACUCUUUACCUCUAUCCUUGCUUCCCGUAUAUCUAACUUUGCGAUUAAUAAGGGUCUCAUUUCAACCGAGCAGAAAAGCGCCAAACCAUCGGAAGGAUGUCACGAGCAUUCUUAUACGCUUCAAUCGGUUGUGGCUGACUGUAAAAGGAACUAUAAGAACUGUUUCCUCGCAUGGUUAGAUUUAAGGAAUGCUUUCGGGAGUAUCUCUCAUGACGCCAUCUACUCUACCCUCAAUCAUAUGGGCUUCCCUGAAUCCCUAAUUAAUUUGAUUAAGGACAUAUACACCGAUGCAACAAUGAUAGUACGAACUGGCAAGGAUGAAGAAACCGAUUCGAUUCCAAUCAAAGCUGGUGUUAAACAAGGUUGUCCUGUUAGUCCCAUAUUGUUUAACCUGACCACGGAACUGCUUAUCAGAGUGGUUAAGUCGCGGUGCAACGAAAGCCCACACAUCCCUUUCCAGUUACACGGCCAAGCGGUAUAUGUCCUGGCCUAUGCCGACGACCUCGUUCUGAUGAGUAGGACCCGCGACGGCUUACAAACCUUGUUAGACGAUGUCUCACUAGCUGCCAACAUCCUUAACCUGAAAUUUAGACCAGACAAAUGCGCCUCUUUAUCACUAACCUGCAACAAACUUGAACCAUCACGCGUAGGAGAUACAACCUUCCAGGUACAAGAAGGUAUGAUUCCCGCUCUCCAGAAAGAAGAAUCUUACCGGUACCUUGGCGUCCCUAUCGGCCUGCUGUAUGACGCGAACGAUAUGAACGCUAUUACCGAAAAACUAACAGCAGACCUCGAGAAAAUUCGAGACUCCCUACUCACACCGUGGCAAAAGUUGGAUGCAAUACGAACCUUCAUCCAACCGGGUCUGACUUAUGCACUAAGAACAUGCCCAGUUACCCGCAAAGCCCUUGAUAAAUAUCGGAGAAAGUUGGUAGAAGUCCUCCGUUCGAUAUGCAACCUUCCUAAGAGAGCGACACAACACUAUUUCUUUGCUGACAGAGCCGUCGGUGGUCUAGGUCUCCAAGAUCCGUUUAACGAGCGACAUAUUCAAACAGUAGUGCAUGCAGUCAAAAUCCUUUCAGUUUCUGAUCCGUUUGUCGGUAAUAUUGCAAAAAACGAACUCAAAUCUGUGGUAUCUCGAUGCCUCAAACGCGAAGCCAGAAAUGAUGAAGCUGACGAGUUCCUAUCAGGUAUUCUAGAUGGUAACUUCAGUAAUCAUAUGAGUUGUGGUAACAGUCAGACAUUGUGGUCUCGUUGCCGUAUUUCAGCCCGUGCCCUGAAAGUUAAGGUCAAGUCUGCAUUGGAAGAUAUAACAAUCUCGGUAGACAAUUUUCAAACAUCAACCAACAGCAAAGGAGUGGCCUCCUACCUACACAGAUCGAUGCUGAAACAACGUGCGUUUAAACUAAAAAGCCUCCCUGAUCAAGGCAAAGUAGCUAGGUGCCUACAAUCUCAAACUUUCCAUCAACAAACAGCUGGUGCUACGAUGGCACAGGAAUCCGCUUCUGUGACUGGCGAUUCAUCCAUCGCGCGAGAACCAACACCCUCCCCACCAAUGCAGUGAAAAGUAGAUUCGCGAAUGGCAACACGAAAGAAUGCAGGAGAUGCCAUAGCAAUAACGAUAGUGAAACCCUCCCACAUAUCAUCUGCCAUUGCCAUCCUAACAUGACCACAAUAACAGCCAGACACGAUAAAAUACUUGAAAGACUCACAACCGUGAUACAAAGCGGGACAUUCUCGGUAGAUCAAGUUGUUCCAGGCGCACCUGGAAAUAAUUGUCCUGACCUAGUUAUUACAGACG